AUGGUGGUUAACAGGGUAUUUGGGUGGAGUGUGGGAGGAGUUGCUCAGAACGGAGAAACAGUAGAAAAUCACGACCCUCAAAUCCACAGGACAGACAUUGGGGUUCCAGUUCUGCAGGUUAAUACUAGGCCUGAGGAGUUGGGGACUAAGGGCAAGUGGUCACAAGAGGGGGCACUAGAUUGCUUGGCAGUAAUCCUCGGUACUGGGUCCCAUCCAGCUUUCACUUCACCCUCGUCCCGCCCGUUUCUGCUUCCUUGCAGGAGAAUUGGUAUGGCUGUCUGUCCCUGAGAAAUGGUGGACAGGGAGCCUGGCAAAAGGAAGGAGGGGCUGAACUUGAGCACCAGGGGAGUCUGCGCAGGAAUGAGGGAUUGGGGUGGAAGGGGAGAGGUGAGAAGAAUUGAGGGAAUUGAGAGAUGGAACCAUUUGUUAUUUUGGUAUGUGACUGCUAAAAGGCAAUUAUUUGAACUUGUCCUGGGUUUAUUCCAUCCACCAGGUUCCAACAUCAGCUGUCUGUAUUUCUAUCUUUCAGUCUGUUCUUAAGAUGAAGCUGUAACUGAACAUAAGGAGGGAGAAAAAGCCCUGAAUCCUUUGAGCCUCUGCAGAACUUGUGAGCCCGAGUUGAAGUGCCUUGCUCUGAGUGUACACAUCCUGCUUGGGCAAGCCAACUCCACCUCCAGAUCAGAUAAUUAUUCCAGCUACACCAUGAGCCGAGUUCGGGAUGCUGGUUGUGUAGCCGCUGGGAUAGUCAUCGGGGCAAGUGCCUGGUACUGUGUCUACAAAUACACUAGGAGAAGAAACCAGACAAAGAAGAGACUGGCCAAACCCAAGGCAAGGGCUUCAGCUGGGAAUGGAUCCAGGGAUAGAACCAGACUAAGGGCUGGAUUCACAAUAGACUUUGGGCCAGAAUUUCAUUCCCCAACCCCAGUCCACACUGGGAAAGAGGACAGGGCCCAGGAUGAGGCCUCUGCCCUGGAUGCAGCUGCAGCUGAGGUAGUGGCCCCAGCUGCAUCCAGUGCUGAGGCUCAGAGUGGGCCUGGAAGUCAGGUCCUGGAAGCAGAAAGGGCCUGGGUUGGGCCUCAGGCAGAAUCAGUAGUUGGGGCACAACUGGCUUUGACAAUGGUACCACCUCCCAGGGAGGCAGAGACCCUCAUGGCUGCAGAGGCCCCCACAAUGGCAGGGCCUCCCAAAUUGGCAAAUGCCUCUGGCACAGCAGAAGCUCCUAGGGCACCAGCAGUGCCUCCCAGGACACCAGCACUUACUGAGGCAGCAGCACCUACUGAAGCAACAGAGGCUUCUGUACUACCUGGGCUUUCUGAGGCUGCAGAAGUUCCUGAAACCUUGGGGUCCCCUAAAACAGCAGAAGCUGCCAAGAAAGUGACUCCUGGGGCUCAUACUGGGGUUAUAGCUAAGGCUGGGUCAGCGACUGGAGCUGUACCCAAAGGUGGAGCCAAGGGUGGAACCAAGUCCCAAACUGGAGGCAAGGACAAGGGCAAGGGCAAGAAAAACAGCAAGGUUGAAGUAGACCAACUGGGGCUGGGAUUCCACCUUGGGGAUGGGGCUGCAGCAGCUGCUGGCUCUGCUAAUGGGGGGCAGGCUUUCCUGGCAGAGGUCCCUGAUUCUGAGGAUGGGGAGUCCAGGUGGACUGACACAGAAUCAGAGUCAGACUCUGAGCCUGAGACUCAGCAGAGAGGGAGAGGGAGGAGACCUGUUCCCAUGCAGAAGCGCCCCUUACCUUAUGAUAUCGAUGAGAUUCUGGGUGUCUGAGAUCUAAGGAAAGUACUUGCUUUGCUUCAGAAAUCAGAUGAUCCUUUCAUCCAACAGGUAGCUUUGCUCACUCUGAGCAAUAAUGCCAAUUAUUCAUGCAAUCAAGACACAAUUUGUAAAUUAGGAGGCCUCCCAAUUAUUGCAAACAUGAUCAACAAAACCGAUCCCCACAUUAAGGAAAAAGCCUUAAUGGCUAUGAAUAACCUGAGUGAGAAUUAUGAAAAUCAGGGCCGACUUCAGGUAUACAUGAAUAAAGUGAUGGAUGAUAUCAUGGCCUCAAAUCUGAACUCAGCAGUACAGAUAAUUGGACUAAAAUUUUUAACAAACAUGAUUAUUACUAAUGACUACCAACACCUGCUUGUCAAUUCUAUUGCAAACUUUUUUUUGUUAUCUCAAGGAGGUGGAAAAAUCAAGGUUGAGAUUUUGAAAAUACUUGCAAAUUUUGCUGAAAAUCCAGAUAUUAAAAAACUGCUGAGUACCCAAGUGCCAUCAUCAUUUAGUUCCCUCUAUAAUUCUUAUGUGGAAUCUGAAAUUCUUAUUAAUGCUCUUACUCUAUUUGAGAUCAUCUAUGACAAUCUCAGAGCAGAAGUAUUCAACUACAGAGAAUUCAAUAAAGGUUCCCUUUUUUACUUAUGCACUACAUCUGGAGUGUGCGUUAAGAAAAUACAAGCUUUAGCAGAUCACCAUGACCUUUUGGUGAAAGUGAAAGUUAUAAAACUAGUUGACAAAUUCUGAUUGGCUAUGUGUUCUCAAAAGACUUGAGGAAAUUCCUGGGUUCUGCAGUCUGGAAGCAAUGAAAAUUGAAAGUUACUGCUUCUCCACUUGCUCAUAUUAUAAAGUGAUUCUCUCCGCUGGCAGGUUUGAAUAAUGUAUCAUCCAGAGUGAUGUUAUCUGUGACAGUCUCCAGCUUUAAGCUAAACCACUUUAUGAAUACCAAAUAGUCCUUUUGUAUUGAAAACACAUUUGUGACUACAAUCAUGCUGUUUGAAUGGAAAUAUUUUUACUAGUUUCUCUAUGUGAAUUGAAGUGAACUUGUCCAUUAUUAAUAGCCUACACUUCUAUCAUUUGUUUUGACUUGAAUCUAUCCACCAAAGACUUCAUUUGUGUAUCAUCAAUAAAGUUGUAUGUUUUGACUGAUAAAAAGAUUGUUCUAAUGCUUGAAUUUAAAAUCUAACUGGACAGAUAAGAUGCAUAAAUACAAAAGAAUUGGUAACAGUAUGUAGUCGUAUAUAUGCCCAUUGUUAUAUGUAUGCUGUCUGGCUAAAUGAAGAAGUUGAUAGAAAGCUUUGAGGAAGGGAACAGGUAAGCUGAGUCCUUGAGUAUAGCAUGAGAAAACAAGGGCAUUUGGGAAGAGGGAAAUGGCUUGAAAAAAAAGGCACAGAGGUGGGGAAUCUGUUCCAGUGAUAAGAAGAUAACCAGUUGGACUGAAAUGGAAGUUGUAAGAAGAGGAGUAAUGAGAGAGAAAGGGAGAAAUGUAGGGCGAGAAAGGUUUAGGGAAGAUCUUGAUCCCAAGUUGAGAUACUGAAAUACUACCCUGUCAUAUUCUGGAAAUUACUGGAUUUUUUCUUAUUGUUGACACUUACAAAUGUCCCCCUUUUUCCCCCUCCACAAAGCUCCAGCCCCAACCCCGGCCUUCACCACAUUGUUGUGUGUUCGUCAGCUAUGCAUAUUUGCAUGUAUGUUCUUCAGCUAAUCUCUUUCAGUCCCUCCAUCUCCCUACCCUCUGAGAUUUGUUAGUCUGCUCCAUGUAUUCAUGUGUUUGAU